CACUGUUCAUACAGUAAAAAACAUAAAAAAAAAAACGCCUCAGCCGAAUUCUUACUGGUUUUAGACUCUAUGUUGUGGGCUUUCAAGCAAAGCCAAUUGACAGAACCACAGAGAUAUCCAGACCGACAACUUUUUUGGACUGCUUUCUGGGUUUUGCUUGAAAAAUUUAACGGUUAGGUUUUCCACCUUGUCUCUUUUCUAACAGCCAAAAAGUUCAUUGUUGAUCAAACAUGCGUAAUUUAGAACUUUUGGGACAUACCUCUUCCAAGGUUACCAGCUCUGGAAUUGAAGGAAACUCAUUCAUCACCACCGAUCCCGAAUCCUUGACCAUUUACGUCGCAUUUGAAGAUGUCAACUCUCAAAUUCGUGUGGCUGCCACUGGUUUAGCUCCAGGUGAUUCAAGUGCAUUUGUAGAAGUGGGCCGUUGCCCCGCCUCCACUAUUGUUAGCUUUACAUUUUUAGCUGAUUUACAAGUCGUUUGUCUUUGUACUAUCAAUGGAGAUAUCAUGCUUUUCAGUAAAGAACGUUUCGAAAAGGGAGAAGAAGCCAUGGAAAUUAUGGGUUCUGUCGAUUCUGGUAUUCAGGCCAUGUGCUGGAGUCCUGAUCAAGAUUUGGUAGUUUUAGUGACAGGCGAAAAAAAGGUUUUAGAAAUGACACAAGAUUUUGAUACAAUCACAGAAUUCGACCUUCAUGUUGAAGAUCAAGGCGAGGGAGUUCAACAUAGUGUCGGAUGGGGUAGUAAAGAAACACAAUUUCAUGGAACAGCAGGCAAAGAGGCAGCUCAACAAAAGGUCGACCCCACCAAAUUCGGUACCUCAGCUGACGAUGAUCAUUUACCCCGUGUAUCAUGGAGAGGUGAUGGUACUUUUUUCUCUAUUUCAGAUGUUGAUCCCAGCAGAUCUGCUCGUGUUAUUCGUAUGUUUAACCGUGAAGGUACAUUACAAAAUACCACCGAACCUGUCGAUAAAUUGGAACAAGCUUUAAGUUGGAGACCCUCUGGAAAUAUCAUUGUUUCUAGUCAACGUUUACCUCACCGUCACGAUAUUGUCUUUUUCGAAAGAAACGGUUUAAGACAUGGCGAAUUCACAUUGAGAGAGACCAAGGAUAAGCAACAAAAAGUUUUAGAAGUUUCCUGGAACGCUGACUCAACUGUACUUGCUAUUUGGAUCGAAUCUGAGGAAUCCGAUGGAAAAUUACAAAAAACAGUUCAGUUAUGGACCACAAAAAAUUACCAUUGGUAUAUGAAGCAGCAUAUUGUAUUAUCUGAAGGUAGAGAUGUUACUGGAUUUUCCUGGGAUGUCGAAAAUGCUUUACUUGCCCAUAUGUUUACAAGCGAUGGUGAAUAUCACAGACUGGCCUAUACUUGGGAAGUAUUUACUAGCACUUCUCUUGACGAAUCCAACUCUGGUUAUGUCUCUGUAGUAGAUGGAGCACAAUUACUUUUAACUCCAUUUAGCUAUCAAAAUGUCCCCCCUCCAAUGAGUGCUUUGUCUAUAGCUACCGAUGGUAAUGUUCAAUAUGCUGCUUUCGGUCCUGAUCCCGCUGGUUUACAAGUGGCUGUUCUCACCAACAAAAAGAUCCAAUUAUUUGAUCUUCCUGUCAAGGGUCACGGUAAUGCUGUGCCUCUUGGAGAUAUCGCUUUACCCCAAAUUACAUCAUCCAACGAAAGCUUUGCUAAAAAUCCCAUUAGACAUUUGUGCUGGAUCGCUGAAAACAUAUUUGUCUUCUGUCAAUAUGAUGAAGAGUUACAAACCGAUGUUUUCUGUACUGCUACUUUUGCUUCUGGUAAAGAGUUGAAUGUUACUGCUACACCUUUUGAUGGAAAUGCCGGGCGCAUUUAUUUCAAUGUCAGUACCAAAGAUUUAAUUGUGGAAGACAUUAAUGGAUCAGUAUACACCGUCGAGUUUGAAAAUGAUCAAUCUCUUAUAAACAAGGUCGCUCAAUUGCCUGAUUUCUGUCCUUGGAUCGCUACUGCUCGCGUUGGUAUGACUCCUGAAGAGACUGAGCGUGCUAUCAUUGGUUUAACUGACCGUAGUAAAUUAUACGUUAAUGACAAGCUCAUUUCUUCUGAAGCUACUUCGUUCUUUUUGCGUGGUACCUGGUUAGUUUUCUCCACCACAAGUCAUUCUGCCAGAUUUUUAUCUUUGGACAGUUCUACUCUCGAAAAUUUGAAGCUCUCUGAUGAAGCAAGCGAUGCAUAUGAUGAAACUUCAAGACGUCUGGAACGUGGAUCCAAGAUUGUGAUGGCCACUCAACAUAAGCCAUCCCUUGUCCUUCAAAUGCCCCGUGGUAAUCUUGAAACCAUCAGUCCUCGUGCAUUUGUCCUUGCUACUAUCCGCGAAGAUUUGAAGGCUCUCAACUUCCGCUCUGCAUUUAUUGCUUGUAGAAAAAACAGAAUUGAUUUGAAUAUCCUUUAUGAUGAUAGCCCCGAACGUUUUAUGGAGAACAUUCGCACUUUUAUCGAACAAGUUUCCGAAGUUGAUUACCUCAAUUUGUUUUUGUCUAACCUUAGAAAUGAGGAUACUUUGGUUACUAUGUACCGUCGCGGUGGACGUACCGCUGACCAAAUGACUGCUGCCCAAGGUGUUGAGAACAAGGUUAAUACUAUUUGUGAGGCUGUCAGAAAUGUGCUCAUUGAACUUGGUCGUGAGCAUUAUAUUCAAUCCAUUCUCUCCACGUAUGUUAGAAGCUCGCCCCCAGAUAUUGAGUCCGCCAUGGCUCUUUUAUCGGAACUCCGUGAAACAAACUUGCCUGCCGCUGAAGAAGCCUUAAAAUAUACCAUCUUCUUGUGUAAAUCUGAUAUUCUUUAUAAUGUUGCCUUGGGUAUGUAUAACUUCCCUCUUGUUCUUAUGGUUGCUCAACAAGCUCAAAUGGAUCCUAAGGAAUAUCUUCCUUUCUUACAAGAACUUAAGAAUUUCGAGAAAUACUAUCAACGCUAUAAGAUUGACGAUCAUUUGAAGCGUUAUGAAAAGGCAAUUAAGAAUUUGAGCUUAGCUGGAGAUGAACACUUUGACGAAUUACUUGAAUACAUGCAAAAGCACGAUCUUUAUCUUAUUGCCAUUGAGGAAUACGCACACAAGAAACAACAAAAGUUGGCUAUUUUGGAGGUGUAUGGUGGUCAUUUGGCUUUCAAAAACAGCUUCGAGGAGGCUGGUAUAAUUUAUACAAUGGCAAGCAAACCUGCUGAAGCUUUGGAGGCUUACCGUUCAGCUGGCUGUUGGAGAGAGUCUUUCUCCAUUGCUAAGCAAUUGAAAUAUACUGAUGAGGAUCUUCACGCUUUGGCUUACGAUAUGAUUGAAUAUUUGAAGGACAAGCGUCGUUUCCAAGAAGCGGCUAUUGUUGCUAAGGACUACGCUAAGGAUAUCGAAGAAGUUGUCGAUUGUCUGUUAAAGGGUAGUCUUUGGAAGGAAGCAGAACGUAUCUCGUACACCCAUGAUCGUUCUGAUCUUAUUGAAACCCAUGUUAAGCCCGGACUUGUCGAAGGCUAUACACAAAUGGAUGACGAUUUAGAUGAGACAAUGGCUCAAUUCCACAAGCAAACUGCUCGUCUUGUUGAGCUUCGCACUCGCAAACCCGAACAGACGAUGGAUAACCCCAUGGCCAACGAUGAAUCCCUGGAUAACAUUGAUAUGUUCUCAGACACUACUUCCAUGUACAGUCAGUUUACAAGAUAUACAAAUGCCUCUUCGAGAGUGUCUUCUGUUUCCUCUCAAGGAUCUGCAAAGACAAGAAAAACAUCUAAGCUUAGAAGAAAAGAAGAACGUAAAAGAGCUCGUGGUAAGAAGGGUACCGUCUUUGAGGAAGAAUAUAUCAUCAAUUCUCUCAAAAAGCUUUACGAAAAGGCUAGCAAUUUACAGAAUGAUUUUGGUAAUUUAAUUCGUGCUCUUGUUCCUUUUGAGUACGUUGAGGAGGCUAGAGCUAUUCAGGAGAAAUUCAGAAAAUUCCUCAAGGAACUCGAAGCUGAAGCUCCUGUCAUUUUUGUUCCAUUACAAUUAACCGUUAGUUUGUAUGCAACAUUGGAAGAAUAUGAGGAAGCAAAAAACAACCCAAAGGUUAUAGAGAAGCCCGUGAUGGCAAAGGUCGAUUGGGAAUUGCAAAUCUUAUAAAAAAUAUAAGCGACGUUUGUGUUGAAUGUACAAAGAUAAAUAAAAAGUUCGCGCAUGUAAUUAUUUUAUGGAACGAC